GCCGCAACUCCGCCCUCCGAGCCGGGAAGCCCGCCCAGGCCCAGCCGACAGGCCUCGCAGGCCGCUCCUCCUCCUCCUCGGCGUUUCGCAAGCCUCGGGGCGGCCAGAAGGUCGGCGGGGGGCGUCCGGUCGCCAUGGCGGGGCCUGCAGCCGCCGGUACAGUUGUUAGGUGUUUGGACAAACAUAUAUUUUCUGUUCUGCGGAUCACCAGAGGAACAAGUUGGCCAAUCAGCAGAAGGCUGUGCAGUAAACCUCAAGAAGGAGAUGCUCCAAAGACAAGCGGUGGGCCUUCGGGCGCCUCCUUCAAAUUGCCGGGUCACAAGCCUUCCAACUGGGACAGGAAGUUUUUGGUCUGGACCGGCCGUUUUAAGAAAGAAGAAGACAUCCCUGAAACGAUGUCGUUCGAAGUGAUCGACGCCGCGAGGAACAAGAUGCGAGUGAGGAUGGCCUACUUGAUGAUUGGGUUGACCAUUGUAGGCUGCGUGGUCAUGGUGAUUUCGGGAAAACAGGCUGUCAAAAGACACGAAUCCUUGACGAGCCAGAACUUGGAGAAAAAAGCUCGCUGGAGAGAGGAGGCCGAGAGCGCCCCGGCCAAGCCCUGACCAAGAAUGCUGGGGCAUAAGGUGUUGUUUCCCCUGCUUCAGAAUCAGAAAAUAAAUUAUUUUGUAAUAUCCCUGAAGUUCCAUUCCUUCUCGAUGAGGACUUUAUGGUUUGGUUGUGUUAAGCACCUGUUAAUAAAGGCAGCGGACUUUGUGCUCAAGCAUUAAAUCCA